GAUGCUUCAGUCAAGAUGGCGACAAAAACAAAAUUUCUUGUGACGCUUAGUUACAAGAAAACUUCAAACAUUUUCCUCUUCAAAGCUUUUGCUAUCUUGUACGCGCACUAAAAAUAAAGGCAUUGUUGAUAGAAGUUAUUCUUGCAAUGGAAUCUGUUCAAGAAGCUGAACAACAGUUAAAUUCGAUAGUCAACGAGUAUUUAGAAUACAUGGGAUGUAUGUCAACUGUGGAGACAUUUAAGAAAGAUCUUGAAUCGAUGGGUAGACCUGUUCAAUUUUCGGUUCCAUCAAGUAAAACGAAUGGGCACAUACUAGAUAUUGAGAAGUCUAUCCUAAACUGUUUCGAGACUGGAAACUAUGAGCGUUUCAUUAAACUUUGGAAUGAAAACGUUUCUGAAAAAACUCGUAAAGUUGAUUUGGAAUGUCAGAAGCUCGAGUUCAAAAUACAUCUUUAUUUUGCCAUCUUUCCACUCGUCAAUAAUUUGGGAAAAACGGAAGCCAAAAAAAUGAAAGAGUAUUUUAAGAGGUAUUUAGAGACGACGGGAUCCGUGCUCAGUCAAACGACGGAAUUUCUUCCGUAUUUUGCAUUGCCAUUUAUUCCAGACGUUAUGGAGCAUCCUUCCUUUAAGCCAAUACUUACGGAUACUUGGAGAAACAAUACUAAAAUGCAGUUGCAAGAAUUCUUAUCUGACAUGUUGAAAAAUGAAGAAAAACCAGAGUUAUAUUAUAUAUUUACAUCAAGACAGCAUAUUUUUGAAAAAGAACGACAACAGUAUAACGAUUAUAUUAAAGUUUUGAAAACGCAACUUUCCGAGGCGGAGACUAAAUUGAUGAACUAUUUUAAGAAAUUUAGCCAGAUACAGGGAGACUAUCACAAGUUAAUUGGUAUUGCAGCUGAACUUGUUGACUCGUUGGAAGACACAAUAAGAGGAAAAAUAAUUUCUUCGGAAUAUAUUCAAGAUUUAUGCAGACGACUUUUCAUUACCCCUGCUCAGCAGUCGGUAGACUUGACGAAACCUGGAACGACGUCUAACAUGCUUAGAGAAUCCAUUUCAAGAACAAGCGUCAGAAAUUCUGUAAAUGACAUGCCAUACAGAGCUUUGAAUUUUGAAAAGAUCAAAAAAGAUUUAGUUUCUUCGUCCGAACGAAGAAUAGCGUUCUUACUGCAAGCACUUCGAUGGCGAUUAACCCGAAGCAGCGACGAUGAAUCACGGAAUUCCGCGAUGAGAGCGUACAUUGGAAACGAUUUGUUGGGUUGUGCGUUCCCUGGGGAAUAUCAGGAGAGUUUGAUCGAGCUUCUGCGUUCAUCAAACGACAUUGUUUGUCAGUACUUUGCACGAUUAUUGAAUACGAUCGCAUCAAUGUCAGCCGGAAGAAGUUAUUUGUCUCAAAGCACUAAAUUGGCUAAAGCUUUACAAAAGGCUUUGAUGGCGGAACCUGUGGAUUUGUUGACAAGUGAAAACAUCUUGGGAUGUUUGCAGAAACUCAGCUUAAGACGCCAUCUUCAAACACAAAUGAUUGAGAAUAAUCUGAUUCCAUGGCUUAUUGACGUACUUGAAGAGCACGACUCGUUAUCUGACUACACAUUGGAAUAUUCCGUUGCCUUAUUGAUGAAUCUGUGCCUAAGAACGGCAGGGAAACAGAAAUGUUCUCAUGAUGCAAGCCACAUUUUGCGAGUAUUGAGUGAUCUCCUAGGGCAUGAAAAUCACGAGAUUCGACCAUACGUCAAUGGAUCACUAUACAGUAUUCUCGCUGUAUCGAAUGUACGAGAGCAAGCAAGAGAUAUGGGAAUGCAAGAAAUUCUUGAAUGCUUCCUUAAAGAUGAAGAUGUUGAUAUGCAAAGACAAGUACAAUUCAUUAUCAAACAGCUCAAUCUUGAAUCCGAAGAAUCAUCAUUGAAUAGCGAUGAGUACUCGGACGACGAAGAUGAAAAUAUUGAUGAAGAAGGUGAUGCAAUUGAUGAAGAAUUCGACAAAGUGGAAGCACUCGAGGCAUCUCUGCACGAACGAAGUGGAGAGGAGUUAUUGAUGAGUGAAUAUGCUAUUUUGCAACCUUCUGAAAGAUCAACUCAAUCACGAAAGUCUCAAAAAAGUGAUCUAAUGGCAAGCCUUGAUCAGCCACUAAGUAGACCAGCCACUCCAGGUGUUCGGACCAUCGAUAAUAAACUUGAUAACAUUCCUCGUCCAAGGACUACCGUACUUGGUCGAAUACCAGAGAGUGUUGCGUCACCUAGGACUAGCCAAUCACCUGUGCCAUCCCGAACUACAUCGGCAAAGUCUCGUGAAUCUUCGGUGUCCCACAAAUCAAGUCGACCUACUUCUGGGACUUGAAAACAGAUGAAGAGCAUCGUGAGGACGAGGAAAAAGAGCGAAAUUAUGCAGCUGAACAGGCUGCAAGAGUGGAAAAAUUAUUGCAAGACAAAUCUUUGACUGAGAGUGAGGUUUUUGGAACAAAAAGCAAGUUACGUAAAUCACAUGACACUCGCAACAAUACACCGCGACCUACUUCCCGUUCCAUUCCCCCACCAUUGACGCGUUCCGUGUCUCCACCUCCCCCAAAAUCUUCGAGUCGGCCAGGAUCUGCGAAGAAGUCAGAUAAGAAAAGAUGACAUAAGAAAUGAUCUUCACUGAGAAUGACAUAGAACAUGGCUCGUGUGGUAAGUUAGGCAUAUUGUGAUCUGUUUAGUGUAUACGCGGCUUGUGUUUUGAUGUUGCUCUAAACCAAUGCGCAGUGACAUUAUGUGUUUUGAUGUUGCUCUAAACCAAUGCGCAGUGACAUUAUGUGUUUUGAUGUUGCUCUAAACCAAUGCGCAGUGACAUUAUGUCACAAGUAGCUCAACCUUGCUAAAUUUGAGUAAAGGAAAGAUUAUAGACUGAACUUUCCCCGAACCUUUCAAAUCUAUUACGUCAUAUAAGCUGGCAUUAUAACAAGAGUGCAUGCGCGGAUUGCAUGGCAUUAUAAGAAGAGUGCAUGCGCAAACAAACCAUUGUUUGAUGCACCGACUUUGACUUUAAGUUGAGUACAAAUGAUUGGACGUGAAAACAUUCGACAUUAAAAUGCUUACUAAACAUCGUCAUAACAAAAUAUUGUAACAAUAAUGUUGUGAAAUGUUAUUAAGUAAUCAUUAUCAUCAUCCCUUAGUAGCU